AUGGGAGGAGGAGGGGCGCUGAUGCUGGAUCAGCGCAUGGCGGCGGGUGACAAGGCCCUGUUCGGGUUCGGGGCAGGCGAGUGCUUCUUUGGAGAGGGCGACCUCGUUAACCCGGCGCCGGCGCCGGCGACCGAGGAGAUGACGACGACGAUGAGCUUCCCCUUGGACGAGAUGAUGAUGAGCGACGACGACGUGGACGGCAUCGAGGAGCUGGAGCGCCGCAUGUGGCGGGACCUCGUGCGGCUCAGGCGCCUCAAGGAGGAGCAGCAGCAGAGCGGCCGCCCUUUCGGCGGCUCCGGCGGCGCCAAGCACGAGGCCAGCAGCAGCAGGCAGCGGCAGUCGCAGGAGCAGGCGCGGCGCAAGAAGAUGUCGCGCGCGCAGGACGGGAUCCUCAAGUACAUGCUCAAGAUGAUGGAGGUCUGCAACGCGCAGGGCUUCGUCUACGGCAUCGUCCCGGAGAACGGCAAGCCCGUCACCGGCGCCUCCGACAACCUCCGCGCCUGGUGGAAGGAGAAGGUCCGCUUCGACCGCAACGGGCCCGCCGCCGCCGCCAAGUACCAGGCCGACAGCGCCGCCGCCGCCGCGGGAGACGGCGCUGGAGGCGGCGGGGGCAUGGCCGCCAACGCGCUGGCGGGCCCGCACUCCCUGCACUCCCUGCAGGACACCACGCUGGGCUCGCUACUCUCCGCGCUUAUGCAGCACUGCGACCCGCCCCAGCGCCGGUUCCCGCUCGAGAAGGGCCAUCCGCCGCCGUGGUGGCCGCAGGCCGCCGUGCCGGGGGAGCUCGGCCCGCCGCCGUACAAGAAGCCGCACGACCUAAAGAAGGCGUGGAAGGUGGCCGUGCUCACCGCCGUCAUCAAGCACAUGUCCCCCGACGUCGACAAGGCGCGCCGCUUGGUCCGCCAGUCCAAGUGCCUGCAGGACAAGAUGACCGCCAGGGAGAUCGUCACGUGGCUUGCCGUGCUCAGGCAGGAGGAGGAGCUCUACCUCCAGCUGCACCCAGGUGCCCGCCCCGUGCCGUCCUCCGCCGCCGCCGCCGCGACGAUCCCGUUCUGCGCCAGCUCCGGCGAAUACGACGUCGACGGCGCCGACGGCGAAGACACCGGCCGGAACCACCAGCCACCCUCCAACGCCGCCGCCGCCGCCGCGUUCGUGGACCUUUCGUCGUCGUCGUCCUCCAUGGACGAUGCGGGCCACAACAAGUUCGUCAUGGCCGCGCCCGCGGCGCUGAUGAAGGAGGAGGCCGCCGACGCCGAGUUCUUCCAGAAGAGGAGCGCGCCGGCCGCCGCCGCGGAGCCGGAGCUCAUGCUGGGCAGCAGCUUCCGCGCCUACACCUGCGGCAACGUGCAGUGCCCGCACAGCAGCAGCGCGCACGGGUUCCUGGACCGGAACGCGCGCAACGCGCACCAGUACUCGUGCAAGUUCAACAACAGCCCUGGAGUCGGCGUCGGCGCGGCCGUGCCGCCGCCGCCACGCGCCACCGAGUCCGUCUUCCCGGCGUCGUUCGUCCCGCCCGGGCAGGCGGCGGCGCUGGGCGGCCUGGAUUUCGACCUGCCCGUGGACGGCCUGAGGUCGCUCGCGGAGCUGAAGGACAUGUACGAGGCCAACGUGGGCGGCGCGCCCAGGAGCCUGGUGAGCAACGUGGACACGGCCGCCCCCGGCGUUCAGGUGUCCGGCCCGUUUCCGACGCCGUGCCUAUUUGGCGACACCAUCAGCAACGUGAUACAGCAGAACGCGGCGGCGUUCUACGUCCGUGACGGCGCGCCGUUCGGAGGCGAGAUCAACGCCAAGUCUUCGGAGCUGAGGUUCGGCUCAGGCCUGAACGUGGCAGGAGGCGCCGCGCACUACGGCGGCGCUUUGCAGCUGCAACAGCCGCAGCCGCACAAGUCCACGGGAUCCAACAGCCGAGACAUCCGGUUCGCUUAUGGUUUCCGUGGCUUAUAAGCCGAUCGAAGCUAUUUUAUUACGAGAUAAAAACACUAUAACAUAGCUAAUAAAUAUGGCUGAUAUGAUCAAGCGAACAUGCUCGUGCCGCCGUCUAGCAUCUACGGACCGCCGGCAGAAUCAUGGAUGGAAUGGAGCUUGUUGGUUUAA